CCGUGCUAAUCUCUCUCGCUCCAUGCUGGAAUAAUGUGUUUGUGUUGUGCCAAUGUGUGUGUGCUGUUGUUCGUGUUGAUUGGGGGUAGUUCUGGACAAAGUUACGGACCAGCGUGUUAUGGUGGAUUUGACCUCUACUUCGUCCUGGAUAAGUCUGGAAGUGUUCAGCAUCACUGGAAUGAGAUUUAUUACUUUGUGGAUCAUCUGGCACACAAAUUCAUCAGUCCUAAGCUCCGGAUGUCUUUCAUUGUUUUUUCGACAGAGGGGAGAACCCUGAUGAAGCUCACAGAAGACAGGGAACAGAUACGAGCAGGUCUGGAGGAACUACAGAGUGUUUUACCAGGUGGAGACACAUUUAUGCACAAAGGCUUUGAGCGGGCAAGUGAACAGAUCUACUAUGCAAGUGGUGAUGGUUAUCGAAUAGCGAGCGUUAUUAUUGCUCUGACAGACGGAGAGCUGCGUGAAACACAGUUUGAUUUGGCAGAGAGAGAGGCAGGACGCGCUCGCCAGCUUGGAGCUACAGUGUACUGCGUGGGAGUGAAGGAUUUUAAUGAAACUCAGCUGGCUACAAUUGCAGGUAGUGAAGAUCAUGUUUUUCCUGUGAAUGAUGGAUUUGAGGCACUGCAGGACAUCAUCGACUCAAUCCUGAAGAGAUCAUGCAUAGAAAUAUUGUCAGUUGAACCUUCAACUAUAUGUGCCGGAGAAUCCUUUCAGGUGGUGGUGAGGGGGAACGGAUUCCUCCACGCGAGAGAUGAGAGACGAGUGUUGUGUAGUUUCCGCAUCAAUGACACCUUCACCGUCAUGAAGAGGCCUCUGGUUGUAGAAGACACGUACUUGCUUUGUCCAGCCCCUGUUCUGAUGCAGGAGGGAACAUCUGCUUCUCUCUUCGUCAGUCUGAAUGAUGGCAUAAGUUUUAUCUCCAGCUCAGUCAGUAUCUCAGCUCACGGCUGCGUGAAUACAGUCCGAACUCUCAGCACCUCCACUAGCACCGAGCUCACCACUGCUGUGCUGCAGGACAGUGACGCUCCUCCACCGUCAGUGUGUACAAUAGACGGGACGGUGUUAGCCAUUGCUCUACUCGUGCUGCUGCUGUUGGUGAUUCUGAGCCUGGUUUGGUGGUUCUGGCCGCUCUGCUGCACUGUGGUUAUCCAUGAACCACCUCCACCUGUAAUAGAGGAAAGCUCGGAUGAAGAAGAAGAAGAUGAAGACGGCUUCCUAAAGAAAAAAUGGCCGACCGUGGACGCGUCCUAUUACGGAGGAAGAGGAGUAGGAGGCAUCAAACGCAUGGAGGUGCGGUGGGGUGAUAAAGGAUCGACAGAAGAGGGAGCAAAACUGGAGAAAGCAAAGAACGCUCGAGUGACGUUGCCUGAUGUGGAGUACGAGUUUGAGUUUACACCUUCACGCACUCUCAAUAACGGUGCACGCAAACCCAUCCCUCGUCCGAAAUGGUACACACCCAUUAAGGGAAAGCUGGACGCUCUGUUUGUGUGGCUGAGGAGAGGAUACGAUCGCGUGUCUGUGAUGAGGCCUAAACCUGGAGAAAAGGGUCGCUGUAUGAACUUCAGCAGGGUGAAAUCCUACCCUCCACCUCGUUAUCCACACAAUAACACAAACAAGAACAAAGACAGAACAGGGCACAUCUACAGCUUGCCCAUCAAUUCAACCCCACCUGCCCCAAAAGGCAAACUGCCUCCCACCCCAAACUGCAUGUACUCUGCCCACCCUUCAGACCCUGAUCACUACGUUUCCUACCCCUUCUACCCUUCUCCCUCCCCAACCUCCUCUCUUCCUCCUCUCCCCUCCACUCCACCCCCUUCUGCCACCACUCCACCUCCAUACUCUCCUCCACCUACUAGAUCCCCACCCUCCCUACUAGCCCCACCCCCUUCUCCUCCAAGUUUUCAGUCUUCAAACACAAUGCAAACUUCUUGUCUGGCUCCACCUCCUUAUUCAGCUCCAUCCAUGCGAGCGCCUCCUCCAUCCCGCCCACCACCACGACCCUCUGUCUAAUGGAGAGGGGCUACUGAACCGAGGUGGAAUGACAAGCUGCGCUUCGUUCCUGUUUCAAACAUGUCCAGAUGAACAUCCUGACAUCAUCACGUGAGUGGAGCUGAGAAACAACUUCAGUCCACCAUUCCCAAGAAGGAAACUGCAGCAAUGCAUUAUGGGUAUGAUGUGCUCCUGAUGACUUGAUCCAAUAAUCAAACAGGAAUAAAGCCUAGUGUAAAUGGGAAGAACUUUUUGGAUUCAUGAGAUGUUUCACUCGUUUCCAAUCAUGAUCUGAAAAAAAAAAAAAAAAACGUUUGCAUGAUCAACAUGCAAGUCUCUGUAAGUGUGGAACGGAGAGAUGGAUUGGAACUAGGAAAUGUGGAACGUUUCUAAUUAAGCACAUUAAUGGAACGUUGGGAAAGUUGGAUUGUAAUUGCCAGCUAACGAUGUCAUGGUGUUACAGCAGCUGACCAAUCAGCAGCUUUACUUAACUUGUACGAAGUAAGAUUGCACACGCAUUAUAUUACACUCUUUUUAGAUUUCCGUCUCCACUCUUUCGAUUCCAGCUUUCAUUCCUUUUCAUCUUCUUACAUUAUUUCACCUUCAUUCACUCGUUUUUAAUUUAACUCUUUCAACAAGGCCAUGUUUUCAUGUUAAGACCUCUUCUUCGUCCAUUCAUUUAUUUUUCCCCAGCGUUAUUAAUUUCAUUCCUUUCCUGUUAACCCUUCCAUUUUUUUAAUCCCUCUAUUUCCAUUUACUUUCUUCCAUGCUAUCAUUCCUCCAAAUUUCUUACCCCUAAAUUCAACCAUAUGUUCUUUUUCAUACUCUGCAUAAAUUUUUGGAGUUAAAAUUUCCGCCUUUCUUUCUUGCUCAUAUUAAGAGCUCCACAUCCUAAACUCAGCUUUUUGCCCCCCCACAGAAGUCAGUGUUUAUUUGCAUAAAAAAAUCUUUUCUUUAAAGUAAUCAAGAUGAGUGAGAAUGUUGUAAAGAUGAUGUGAGGUGUUAAGUUUGUAUAAAAUGGAGACUUUAAAUGUGUAUAUACUGCGGUAUCGCCUUUUGGACAGAAACGCAAUAAACGUUGGCAAAUUUUGCUUUUAGUCAUUGAUAACGUUACAUCCGGUAAUAUAAUCAUGAAUGAAGCAUUUCUGAUAUUCGUGUGGUCAUGUGAAAGCCUGCAGCUUGCUAUCUGUAUAUUCUGGAUGUAAACCCUUACUUGCUUGUGAAAAUACGACUGUAGCACUUUCUAUGUGAAGAUUUGUUUGGGCAUUAAUGCAACACACAGCAUGUUUUGUACAUUCUAACUUAACCUGAUCACACAGAUCACCAUGUAUCUGUACACUGCAAGUGCAAUUUGUUUUUUUACAUAAAAAAUAAAGCA